AUGGUUAUCCAAUCUUCAAGCACCUGCGCGCUACCGGAAGGUCUUCGCUACUAUCUGCUUCGCGGCGAUAUCAUAGGAGGCAGCAUGAUGGUUCCGCUAGUACCAGUAGAUCAGCUACCCUUCCAACUCCAAGGAAUCCCGCGCCAGUUGACCCAUCGCCAAAUCUCAGAUGGAGGCUGGAAGCUUUGUUCAGAGACGAACCAGGCUUCAUCGGCGCUCUUGAUCCAAGCCCCUACAGCUACCAGCUUCCCAUGUCACCCCAGUCCGACCGCGAAACCACGGUACCUGGCACCAGACCAUCAUGUACGUGCGGAGUCGCAACAACCUCGCUCAACACCUAUGGCUACCUUUGAACGCCCGUCCUCACUAACCGACGCCUUCGCCUCCAUCUACCAGGAAGAUGCGCAGCGCCUCGGAUACCGCGUCUCCCACCCGUCCGGCGUCGAGCCCGAUCCAUCCAAGAAAGAGUACUGCACGCAUUGGAUUAAGACUGGCGAAUGUGACUGGACGGCCAUCGGCUGCAAGUUUAAACACGAGAUGCCUAGCAUCGAGAAGCUGCGUGAACUUGGAUUCGUUAGGGGCGUACCGAGGUGGUGGAAGGAGAAGUCUGCUAUCGUAGCUAGGCCGCCCACGUGGAUGCAGCGACGGCUGGCUGGGAACGAAGAUGCAGACCAAGCAGGUGAGAUGCCGGAACCAAGAGCCUUUCCUGAUCACUCGACAUUCAGAGCGAGGAAGGCCCAAGGAUAUGAUCUACUCGGUGAAGAAGUGCAGCAGCCGUGUGAUAUUUUCAAAAGGGAUUCCUCUCCUGAGCAGACCACAGCAGGUCGCUUAACACCUCCACCAGCGUCAGUUCAGGGACCGGUUCGACGUGCUAGCCAGAUAUUGGAUCUGCUCAUCGACCUUGAAGAUGCUCCGGCUCCACCACCCGGUCCUCAGUUAUCUCAUACUUCAGCAGACAGUGCAGGAUCGAGCGAGGCCCAAGUCUCUUCUAGUCGCACCUCGAUUUCAUUGCCAUCGUCGCCAAGUCUCGGACGCAAUCCUUCGUUGCUUAUAGACUGCAAAUCUCCCAUCAAAACCAUUACAAAGGAGUCCGCGGAGAAAGAACCCAACAUUCGGCAUCGCUCCCAACUGCCAUGGGCUUCGGAUACCGAAGACGACACCGCCAUCCCCACCAAUCCCAACGCUAAAUCCCCUCGAUCAACCCGACAGCGACGUAAACCCCCACCCCGCAGCAACGAUGGCAACAACAAUAGGCGUCCCGCCAUUAUUUCCAUUACACCGACUAAAUCCCAACCCGGUCUCGCAUCCUCCAAGCAUGCCGACAGUGACAACGCAGCAAAGAACACAGCACAACGCAGCAAGAAUGCCUAUCGUAAGAUGCGCGGGAAAAAUGGAGGAGAGGUCGGCGCACCAUAA